AUGAAAGUCCAGCUAGUUAUCAUUGGAUGGGCAUGCACAAUCUUGUGCUCGGUUUCGUACACUGCUGCCUUCUCCCAUGGUGCGAGUCUUUCCGCCUGUGGUGACAUGACACCCAAACAUAUAAGAGCUCAGCUUCAGAACCCCCGGAACAACUAUAUCACUCUCCACACCAAUAUGUCCUUCUACUUUCCAGGUGAUAAGGUACCAGUGACAGUGAGGAGCUCUCGUGAUUUCAUGGGCUUUUUGCUUCAAGCUCGCAGGGUAUCUAAUGAUCAAGUUGCUGGCACUUUUGUUUUCAUUCCUCCGGGUUCCAAACUGCUGACUUGUUUUGAAGAUGGCGAUUCUGUAACCCAUUCUGACAAGUCACUGAAGAGAAACCUGUCAUUUGUGUGGAAGGCACCUGCCCAGCCCAUUGGAGACAUCAAGUUCUUUUUAUCGGUAGUCCAGUCAUAUUUUGUUUACUGGGUAAGGAUUGAAUCUGCUAUUGUGUCCCACCAAAUACAAAACAGAACACCUGCUGCUAGUAGCAAGAAGUCCAGCACUAUAAUGCCAACACCACUGCAGAAACCUACUGAUCUAAAAGUAACAGUUACAGCAAGCAAAGGUUCCGCUACACCCAACAGUAUUACUGUCUUUACUCAGUCUGCAAAAUUUAUGCCUGCCAGACUGACUAGAAUUGCAGUGACAAAAGUACUGGAGCCUGCUUUUGGAAGCAGACAAGACACAGAGCAACUUGAUAAGGGAAAGCAACAGUCUGAGACCUCUGUGGAUUCAGUAGCCUUGAGGGUCAGCAGCAGACAUGGAGGAGGGCAAGCCAACAGAAGCAGCAUCUACAGUGAUCAAAGUCUGGAGCCAUCACUUGAGUUUCAAGGGUUGGACAUGGCGAACAUCUUGCGAAGUUUCAUUUUACAAGCUUAUACCUCCAGCCCCAGCACACCUGAUGGACCACCAAGCAUCUCAGGUGCUUCCACAUCACAACUGUGUUUGACAUGUAAGGAAGAUAUGCAGGAAGUUGCUGUGAACUCCAACCAGAUGACAAAACCUGUGUUGCAUGCUACUGCUUCACUUUCCACCCAGUUUUGGUACACUUACCUGCUUGCAGUUCCAGGCACAACAUCACAGCAUAGAGAUGGGGAAGCUGACUUGGAUGUCUCCAGCAGUUUAUCAUCAGCUUCAAGGCAGAUGGCAGAGAGGCGGUCAGUGACACAGAAGGCUUCAGCAAACUUCUUGCUGCAGUCAGAACAUGCAGUUUCCGGAGAGGAGGAGGAGAACCAAGAGGAGGUUACUGGAAAUACACUUCCAUGGGUGACCAGACCCAUGCCUGAUGCUGCUGUUCCUGGGAAAGGAGCAGAACACCCCAGAAAAGAGGGACAAUUCAUAGCAGCCCAACUUGGCAUUCUCCUUGGCUGUACAGCUGCCCUCGGCAUGGCUCUGGCUGCUGGGCUGCGCUGCAUCCAUGCCCAGUAUUGUCACAAGCGAACAGAAGUGUCCUUUAGUGAACCAGACAAUGAUGUCAUCACAAUGAGAGAGGGUGGGGAGAUGAUGCAAUUCAGGAAGAUACGGGAAAACAGCUUUGUGCUGGUGCAGGCCGAGUACAACUGGAUCAGCCCAUCAGGCAGUGGAAAAAAGACAGUCAUCUAA